UCAAAAAAUAUAUACUAAUUAAUCUCCUUUAUCACCUUCAUCUAAAAUAUGUCUUCCUCAAAUUUCUUCACAAUUAUUCUCAUUUCACUAACCUUAGCUCUUAUUCCCCAAACAUCUUUUGCACUCAACGAUCCUCUCUUCCACAUAUGUUCAACCUCUAAGAAUUUCACACCUCACACCCCUUAUGAAUCAAACUUGAAAACACUCAUCAACUCACUUAUCUACAAAACCCCUUCAACGGGCUUUGGCAUUGGAUCAGUGGGCCAGGCCCAAUACCAAAACCAACCAGCAUAUGGGCUUGCUCUUUGUCGUGGCGAUAUAACAACCUUAGAAUGCAAAACUUGUGUUUCAAAUGCAAGUAAAGAAAUUCUAAAUCUUUGUCCAUACAAUAAGGGUGCUAUUAUAUGGUACGAUAAUUGCAUGUUCAAGUAUUCGGACAUUGAUUUCUUUGGCAAAAUUGAUAAUACAAACAAAUUCUCUUUAUUAAAUGUACAAAAUGUUAGUGGAGAUUCUAUGAAAUUCAACAACAUGACUAAGGACUUAUUGAGCUUACUUGCUUAUGAAGCUUCUUUGGAUAAAAAACUUUAUGCUAGUGGAGAAUUGAAGAUUGGUGAAUUAGAGAGAGUUUAUGGGCUAAGUGAAUGCACUAGAGACCUUACUAGUGUUGAUUGUAAGAAGUGUCUUGAUGAUGCAAUUAGUGAACUAUCAAAUUUUUCUGAUGGAAAAAAAGGAGGCAGAGUUGUUGGUGGAAGUUGCAACGUUCAAUAUGAAAUUUACCCUUUUGUUAGGGAGUAAAGUAAACUUGAACUUGAAUAUUAAUCUAGAUAGGAUAAAUAAAUAAAUAAAUUCAGUAUUGUUUGAAUUGGCAUUUAUAUGUGUACAUAUUUGUACACGUCAACAUUGUGGAAUGAAAUUUGUAUCGAUUUGUUUAAUUUAAUUUAAGAUGUAAACUUUGAAUUUGUUUUAAUUCAAAGUUUAGCCGUUUUAAAA